AUGCAGGCUGACCUGACGCAGCCAGCCCCCGCGUCCCCAGACGGUUCGCUGGCUCACGACUCUCCUCCGCCUGGCUCUCGCAAGCGUAAAGGGUUGUCGACCAGCUCCCGCGGGGUUGCGAGCCUCACACCCGACCAGCUUGCGAAGAAACGUGCCAACGACCGAGAGGCCCAGCGAGCGAUCCGAGAGCGUACAAAACGUACGAUUGAGAGCCUGGAGAGCAAGAUUCGUGAACUCGAAUCUCAACAACCUUAUCAAGAGCUACAGGCUGUUGUCCGUCAGAAAAAUGCCAUUCAAGCAGAGAAUGAAGAGAUCAGGCGGAGGUUAUCCUCUAUCAUGGCCUUGAUACAACCCAUCAUGGGUGCACAAGGAUUGACUGGUGAGCACGUUCCCUCUGGAUCACCGCACGUACUAAACGUACAAGAUCUUGCAUCCGCUGCCCAUCACAACGCUCAAGCCGGCAUUGCUCAGAACGGCUUUCCUACCGACCCAUUCGUGAAUGGUCCACGACCAUAUGGCCCUCAAACUGGACAGAUGCCGCAAGGCGAGAGCCAGCCAUUUUCACCAGAUGGCCAACCUGACAAUCGCACCUGGAACGCCUCACGCGACCUCGAGAAUCAACGCGACAAUAUGCAGCGUGGCCUCGAGCUUGAUGAGACUGGCGAGCGUCUGUCCUUCAACAUGCUGCUUGAUAGCUUAGGCCAACGUGCUAGCAACCCCCCUGCGCAACAGCAGUCGCAACACCACCAUUCCCCUGACAGUCGCUCAAGUUAUCCUGCCAUCAGCAGCUUCCCAGAACAAGCACAAGCACAAUCGCCUUGGAGCGCGCUCCCCAAGAACUGCGAGCCCACCUGUCCACUUGACAACAUACUGCUCAACUUCAUCUCUACGCAGCGUCGCGAGAUCGCCGAGAACGGUGGUGCUGCCGAUACCGCCGUCAGCCUCGCAGCUCCCGCAUAUCCAAGCGUCGCAUCACUUCUCAACCCGACCGGCGGCCACCGCGUCGAUCGGCUUAGCCAGCUCAUGACCGACGUGAUAGACAAGUUCCCCAAUAUCGCCAACUUGCCAGAGCGCGUCGCCACUCUCUUCUUCAUGUUCAGCCUGACGCGUUGGAUGAUCAACCCCACGCAAGAGAACUACGAGCGGAUUCCCGAAUUCUUCACACCUCGCCCGUCGCAGAUCCUGGCGCCGCAUCCGCCGUGGAUCGACCACGUACCCUUUCCACGCAUGCGUGACAAGUUAGUAGCUACCUACAAGGAACACCCUUUCGAGUUAUUCUUCAUGCCAUUCACCGUCGGUCUGAGUGUCAAUUGGCCGUAUGAUCCGACCGACUGCCUCAUCAGCACGAGCGACAAGGAAGACCCCAUCAUCAAUCCGGUCUUUGAGCGGCAUAUCCGCCGGCUGGAGAAUUGGAGCGUGAGUCCGUUGCUGAUGGAGAAUUUCCCGGAUCUGGUUGAGACUGCGCGCGUCAAGGCCGUUGAGCAUCGAAAACUGGAUUAG